CUCUAUAAAGUGGAUCAAUAAUUUAACAGAUGUCCAAGUCCAAAGGUGUCCCAAUGAUAGAGAGACCAUCAUUAGUUCCGAUCAAAUGGAGCGAAGGUUGUUAGAAGCAGCUCAAAAGGGCAGUAUCGAUGAGCUGAACGACUUGAUCGGAAGCAACGGGCUCAUCAACCUCGAGGAGAUGGCUCUCAAAGGAGCCGGUCACACGCCGCUGCACGUCGCUUGUAUGGCCCGCCAUUCGGAUUUUGUCCGAGCGCUCCUGAAGUUGAUGCCGAAGUUCGUGGAGAAAGUGAAUGCCGGUGAUUUAAGCCCGCCGCACAUCGCGGCAGCUCAAGGUGAUGUUGAGGUCGCACGGGAACUCUUGAGAGCGGGUGAACACCUGUGCUUUGUGAAGGGACGGGAGAGAAGAAUCCCUUUGCAUUAUGCCGUCGUAAACGGGGAGCUCCAUGUCAUGGAGUUACUGCUCUCCGCUUGGCCCGAAUCCACCAAAGAGACAACCGCCCGAGACGAAAUUGUGCUUCACCUCACCGUGAAGAACAACCAAUUUGACGCGGUCAUUGUUGUUAAAAUAUGUCUCGAGUUUGAGCCCAUCGAACGAAACCCAACCCAAGAUUUAUUAAAGGAAAGUCCGAAAUUGAUUAUAUGUGGACGUUUGCUGUGGAAAUAUAGAAUUCUCGUUUGGCGUUAG